UUUACCAAUUUCACCUCAUUAGAUAAGUGGUUAUUCGAAUAUAGGUUUGAUUCAAAUAGAUUAAUAUUUAACCUUGUUUACAUAGAAUGGUGAAUACCAAGAAAAAUGUUGUGCGUUCCUCCUCACCUAAUGAUGGGGGGCAGAAAACAAAAGCUAAUUGGGAUUAUAAGUCAACUGAAAACUUUGUGAAAGCAUGUUUGGAGCAAGUUUCCAACAGAGAACGUGUUGGUACGAGCUUUACAAAAAAAGGGUGGAACAAUAUUAAGGCCCAAUUUCAUAAUUUAACCGGACUGAAGUAUGAGAAGGCUCAAUUAAAGAAUAGGUAUGACAGUCUGAGAAAGGAUUGGAGAGCAUGGUAUAACUUAUUUGGGAGAGAAACUGGAUUAGGGUGGGAUCCGGUGAACAACACUGUUGUAGCACCUGAUGAGUGGUGGGAGACCAAACAGCUGGAAAACCCUCUUUAUGAAAAAUUUAGGAACAAGGGGCUUCCAUUUGCCAAUGAGUUAACCACACUUUUUAAGGAUGUAGUGGCUAAUGGAGAGUACACUUGGGCACCAUCAUGUGGGGUAUUGCCAUGUGUGUUUGAAGAUGAUGAUAAUGAUGUAGUGGUUGUAGAAGGAUUUGGCGAUAGCGAGGAUGCAAGUGUUGGAGCAACAACUGAAUUUGCAAAUAUUGGGCUGAAUUCUUCACAAAAAAAUUGAUGGUCAAAAGAGUGGUGAGAAGAGGAAAAGAGUUGUUAGAGCAGACAAGCCAAGUAAGAAAAAAUCAAGUGCAUCAUCAAAGAUAGCUGAAGCAGUUAGUUUAAUAGCAGAGACAUGUCGUUCUCGCAAUGAUGCUGCGGGUAAUGCAUCUAUUGGCGAAGUGAUGGCUGAGCUUCACACCAUGGAUGAAAUCUCAAAUGAUCUUUAUUUGCAUGCGCAGUGUUGCAACUUGCUGAUGUUUAAGCCUGCAAGGGAGAUUUUUAUUUCCCUACGAGGUUCAGAGGAGAAAAGGUUGAAUUGGCUUAAGCAUACAAUUGAUAACCCAUUGCCAUUCAUGACUAUGUAAUUUGGAACCUGUGUGACUAGGAUGUAAUGGGAAUUAACCUAGGAAGUACUAUGAAUUAAGAAGUAAUCUAC